AUGGAUUUUGAAACACCAGGAGCUCUUAUUGAUGAGGAUAUUGCCAAUCAGUUCAUGAUUGAACAGAGUCUUCUGCAAUGUAACAAGCAAAUAGAAUUCAAGGACUCCUUUUCUGGAGAUGGCUGCAGAAACCUUCAAAACACUGAGAGAGAGAAAAUAUCCAAGGCUAUAAAACUGGGUGACGAAGCGGCCCUUCGUAAGCUGGCAGUCCACCGUCAUGCUUUCUCUGAGGAGGACAAUGCAGGUUACAUUCCUUUGCAUGAAGCAGCCAUUCAGAGCAACCAGAAUAUCCUGGAGAUCACUUUCACAGCUUCGCCAUCAGAUGCUCAGCAAAAGAGGACUCUGCGGGGUAAAACAGCCCUCUCCUCGGCAGUAGAGAGGGGUCUUCUGGACAAUGCCAUGUUUCUUUUGAAUAAAGGCAGCAGUCCAGACAGCCGUGAUGAGGAGGAUUAUGCACCUCUGGUCACAGCCAUAAGGAAUAGCCACUACGACAUGGCAAAACUUCUCAUCUGCUUCAAAGCGAAUGUGAAUCAGGAGGGGGCGCAUCGAAGAACAGCCCUGCAUGAGGCUGCCCGAUUGGGUCUGAACGACUUUGUGGAUCUGCUGCUGAAAAGUGGGGCUCACCCUGACCCUAGGAGUGCUUAUGGCCUCAGCCCACUGGCCCUGGCCGCACAAGCUGGCCACCUAGAGAUAGUCAAAGCACUUCUGCGCAGAGGAGCUGAUGUGGAAUCUCAGGCCCAGGACAGCGCCACCAUCCUCUAUGAGGCCUCUGCCUCUGGGAACCCUGACAUUAUCUCCCUAUUGCUGGAAUAUGGUGCAGAUGCUAAUGUGCCCAAACACACUGGCCAUUUGCCCAUCCACAGAGUGGCACACCGUGGCCAUGUCCAGGCUCUGGCCCUUCUCAUUCCCGUGACAACCUGGGAGGCUGUGGAUGAAAGUGGUAUGAGUCCUGUACACUCUGCAGCAGCUGGUGGACAAACAGAGUGUUUAGAAAUGCUGCUCAAUGCUGGCUAUGAUCCCAAUUUCAUGCUUUAUUCCUGGGUGAGGCGUAACUACGACGACCAACGCAGAUCCGCCCUGUACUUUGCGGUAUCUAAUGAGGACAUCAAAUCUACCAAGAUUCUUCUGGAAGCUGGGGCUAUGCCCAAUCAGGACCCUGUUAAAUGUCUGCAGGUGGCGCUACGGCUGGGCAACUAUGAGCUUAUAAACACCUUGCUGAGAUAUGGUGCCAAUGUCAACUACUUCUGCAAAGUGAACACCACCCACUUUCCUUCAGCCUUACAGUAUGCUUUAAAAGACGAGGUUGUCUUACGGAUGCUGUGCAGCUAUGGCUAUGACGUUGAGCGUUGCUUUGAUUGCCCAUAUGGAGAAGACUCUCAUGUCCCUGAUAAUUAUGAGGGAUGGAGUGAUACCGUCAUCAAAGACACCAGGUUCUGUGAGGUCAUAUCAGUUUUCUGGCUGAAGAGUCUCUCAGGAAAAGUGGUGCGGAUCAUGUUGGAUUACGUAGAUCACAUAAAAUUUUGCUCCAAGCUGAAAGCAGUCCUGAUGGAACAGAAACAGUGGCCAGAUAUUUGCCAUAUUCAAGAGAAUACACGUUGCUUGCAGCACCUCUGCCGAUUAAAGAUUAGGAGCUGCCUCGGACGACUACGCCUUAGAGCUCCAGUCUUCAUGAGCUUCCUGCCUUUACCGGACCGCCUCAAGGACUACAUUUUAUAUCGCGAAUAUGACCUAUGCAGUAAGACGAACCAUACUGGAGAAAAGUGA